UACUCAACAAAGAAGAGAGACAACAAUGGCGCUCAAGAACUUACUUGCCCUUGUGGUUCUUCUUGCCCUUGUUGGAGUUUCCAUUGCUAAGCCAUAUGGGAAUCCACUUGGAAACCCACGUGUGAAGGGUGAUCUUGACCUCGACUACUACCGCUUCAAGUGUCCACAAGUGGAAUCCAUUGUCCGCCGUGUCACAUUUCAGUACGUCUCUCGUAGGCCAACUCUUGCUGCUGCUCUUCUGAGGAUGCAUUUUCACGACUGUUUUGUCAGAGGAUGUGAUGGCUCCGUUCUUCUGAAAUCACCAAACAAUGAUGCGGAAAGAGACGCUCCCCCUAACUUGACAUUGAAAGGCUUCGAAGUGGUCGAUGCUGUCAAGUCAGUGCUAGAGAGGAAGUGUCCUGGUGUUGUUUCCUGCGCUGAUGUUAUUGCCUUGGUUGCUAGAGACGCUGUUUCAGUGAUAAGAGGACCAUGGUGGCCUGUUCCAUUGGGGAGGAGGGACGGACGCAUCUCGAGACUUUCCGAGGCUAACCUACCAUCUCCUUUUGCCGACAUAAAGACACUGAAGAAUAACUUCCGUGUCAAGGGUCUUAACACUAAAGACCUAGUCGUCCUCUCAGGGGCUCACACCAUUGGUGUAUCUUCUUGCGGUCUGAUCAGCAGCCGUAUCCAUAACUUCACGGGCAAAGGCGACUUUGACCCAGCGAUGAACCCUAGCUACGUUAGGACAUUGAAGAAGAGGUGCAAGCCAACUGAUGUCAGGACCCCAGUGGAUAUGGACCCAGGCAGUGCCAGGAGGUUUGACUCUCACUACUUCAACAUUGUAGCUCAGAAGAAGGGCUUGUUCAUAUCUGACUCAGCACUUCUCAAUGACUUCGACACCAACCUCUACGUUCAGUCGCAGGUUCUGACUCGUGGGGCUUCCUUCAACAAAGAUUUCUCUGACUCAAUGGUCAAACUUGGUUUCAUCCAAAUUCUUACCGGGAGGAAGGGAGAGAUCAGGAGGAGAUGCGCUUUCGUUAACUAACUUUGGACUUGAUGAUUGAAGUUCUAAAACGUUUUCUGCUUAUUAAUGUUAUUUUGUUCCUUUAUCAAGUCCUUUUUCCACGGAAGUUCUUUGUCUUUGUAUU